CCAUCAACCACCGUGUGCGUCCCAUGGCACAUAGCAUACAUAUUUGACACUUCCUCUUUGUUCCGAUCUACUGCCGCUCAUUUAUUUUCCUCACGCCCGCCGUUGUUGCGCCUGGCAAUUCCUCCUCUGGCCCCGCACCACCUACCUCAAAGCAGAUAGCUAUAGCUACAGCUCCCUGCCUUGGCUAGUAGCUUUCUUUGAGCAUAGUGCCAACCCAGAUAUCCCUUUCCACCAUUCCUUAAUUCCUGGAAGUCAUGAAGUUUGGCCACAAUCUUCCCCGAAACCAGGUCCCGGAGUGGGCGUCAUCUUACAUCGACUACAAAGGCCUCAAGAAGCUGAUCAAGCUUGCCUCUCAACCUGUUCGGGAUGGCCUUGACCCCGAUUUGACGGCAUUCUUCUUUGCGCUCGAUCGCAAUCUUGAAGAUGUAGACAGCUUCUACAACAAAAAGUACGCCGAGUCGGCGCGUCGUCUAAAGCUACUCCAUGGCCGCUAUGGACGCGCUGCCAACGGUCCUGACGGCCUGGACAAAGAUGAAGUCCAGGACCUCAUGGCUGCACUCCUCGAGCUUCGCGGCCACCUGAGGAAGCUCCAAUGGUAUGGAGAGGUCAAUCGUCGCGGGUUCAUCAAAAUCACCAAGAAAUUGGACAAGAAAGUCCCCGUCGUUUGUAUGCAGCAACGCUAUCUAGCUUCGAAAGUCGACCCGAAAGCGUUUGCCCAUAAUUUGCCUCUGACUCAAGACAUGCGGGCACUCAAUGAGUGGCUUUCAAAAUUGAGUGAGGCAAAGACGUUCGACGAUUCCGGAUCCACGCAUUCUACAUCUUCCUUGAGCCGAAUACCAGGCAGGGCAUUGAAUCUAUCUCCUAGCACGCUCGACGCUGCUGACGUUGCUCUCCGCAAUGACGAGUCCCAAGCCCUUGCUACCAUUCUUGAAGAUGUUACUCGUACUCACGAGGCAGGCGCCGCUCCAUACCAGCAGCUCUUACUCAACUUCCUGCAAAGAGCGAUAUCUUGCCGGUCAAAAUCGUGCAUUGACCGGUUACUGCAGGACAUCACAUCCUUGGAAGAGGAUGACGACAUCAAUAAGCGCAACUGCAUUCAUCGCCUUGUCAUCAAUAUUGGCAGAUCUAAGAGUGGAGAGUUUCUCGGAGUCGAUGGGAACCCGAUGCAGAUGCUCCCCGAAAAGCCACAAUUCAUCGUCCCAGCAGCGCAACCGGCCAAGGGACCUCCAAGUACCGUGAAUGAGCUCGAGCUUACCCAGCUACUAUCUCGGGAUGACGAAUCUGUCCAAUUGCUCGCCUAUCUUUUGGAUAAUCUUCGCCCGCAGCAGCGUUCAUCACUCAUAUCACGUGAUUCUUACGGCCGACUACCACUACACUACGCGGCCCAGUACGGUUUCGUCAUCAUCUGUGAGCUUGUCAUCAAGCAUAUGCAGGAAUGGGGACAGUUUGAUAUUACUGAAGGGAUCGACUCUCCGUUGUGGCAGGACUUGGAGGGUUAUGCGCCGCUCCACCUCAGCGUCAUCGGAGGUCAUCCUCUCACAACUAAAACUCUGCUCCAGGCUGGAAAACAACCCAGCGACGCCGAUGGACAGGCCAAUCUUCGACAGAAGAACCCCCAAUCCGGUGCCGUACUUUCCUUGGCAACUCAGUCAAAUUUUGUCUCCAUUGUUCAGCUUUUGGUCGACGCAGGCGUUGAUGUCAACUACCAAGAUGAGCAGGGUGAGACGGCAUUGCAUGUCGCUGCCCGAUUUGGUCAUGACCAGUGCGCCAAGAUUCUUCUAGAGGGCUCCCCCUUCAAUCCCACGGUGAUUGACACUCCGGAGAAGACAUUUGGCUGGACGCCGUUGUUCAUAGCAUGCGUUGACGGUCAUCUUCCCAUCGUGGAGCUUCUUGUCAAUGCGGGAGCAGACACAGAGCGCUUCGAUCUCUCAGGCUGGACCGCGAAAGAACAUGCUGCACUUCGAGGACACCUGGAUAUUGUACAGCGCCUGGCUGAGAUCGUCCCCAAGGCUAAGUCUCCAGCUGUCGGAACGCCAACAUUGCUUUCCGGAUCUCCACCACAAACCUCGUCGUUGGAAGAACGCCGAUCCAAGAAUCUGACAAGAGAGAAUUCUUCGACUACCCAAAGGCAGCCUGAACCGCUUAAGUCAUUUGGUCACCGUUUCCUCGUAAACGAGACCAUGGUGUUGGUCAGUCUUGGUUCCAUGGACACGAGGAAGAAUAUACCAGCCGUUAAACUUGAUGAUAUCCCGCUGGCAGAUGCUCAUGCUACUCAAUUGGACACUGCGCUAUCCGUUGUUGUUUCGGCAUCUGGCGCUACUGGAGAGCCGACUGUCAUCGAUCUUCCUGUGGAGGAGAACAUCUGCACCGAGCCCAUCACGUUUAAGACCCUUGAUGCGACAAAGGUGAAGCUUCUUUUUGAUAUAGUUCCCACGUAUGCAGGAUCACAUGACCGCAUUGUCGGGCGAGGCGUGGCUCUGUUGUCCACAAUCAAAACGAGCAUCGGCUCGCAGCGCAUCUCGUUACAAGGUGACGUCAAGGUCCCCAUCGUGGCAGCAUCUACUCUGGAUGUCAUCGGCUCGGUCAACUUCAAUUUCCUAAUCAUAACACCCUUCUCUCAUCCAAAUAUGUCUAUAACACAGCAACAUAUGUACUGGAAGAAGAUUACAUCCACAAAGCUAAUUGGACAUCGUGGAUUGGGCAAGAAUACUGGAUCGAGAAAAUCAUUGCAGCUCGGAGAGAACACCAUAAGUUCUUUCAUCGCUGCAGCAAAUCUAGGAGCCGAGUACGUGGAAUUCGAUGUUCAACUGACGAAGGACCUGGUGCCCGUCAUCUACCACGACUUCCUAGUCAGCGAGACAGGCAUAGACGCACCCGUGCAUACUCUCACACUCGAGCAAUUCCUGCACGUUAGUGACGGCCAGACCCCACGACGGAACAGGUCCACAUCACCAAAUGCAAACGGCAAUGGGGGUGAUGGGGAUUCCCAGGGUCAACGCAGGCCGCGAGCGUAUUCCGUGGACAAUUCGGAGCACAAAAACAUUCACAACGAACACCAACUCCAGAUCUCAGAGCGUAUGAAGCACACUCGUGACUACAAGCUGAAAGGCUUCAAAGGCAAUGUUCGCGGUAACUCGAUCCAAGAGCGCUUCACGACCUUGGAAGAGAUGUUCAAGCGGCUUCCGGAAUCGACCGGCUUCAACAUUGAAAUGAAGUACCCCAUGCUCCACGAAUCCGUCGAGCACGACAUGGACCAAUACGCCGUCGAGCUCAACUCCUUCGUCGACACGGUCCUCAAAACCGUUUACGACCUCGCCGGCAACCGCAACAUCAUCCUCUCCUCCUUCAACCCAGACAUCUGCCUCAUGCUCUCCUUCAAGCAGCCCGCGAUCCCCAUCCUCUUCCUCACCGACGCCGGCACCUCGCCCGUCGGCGACGUCCGCGCCUCCAGCCUCCAGGAAGCCAUCCGCUUCGCGAGCCGCUGGAAUCUCCUCGGCGUCGUCAGUGCCGCCGAGCCGCUCGUGCAUUGCCCGCGCCUCGUCAAGGUGGUUAAGGAGAGCGGGUUGGUGUGCGUCAGCUACGGUACGCUGAAUAAUGAGGAGUCGAAUGUUAAUAUUCAACGAGCCCAAGGUAUCGACGCAGUCAUCGCAGACAGCGUGCUCAAGAUCAGAAAAGGUCUCACGAGCUCGGGCGAGAAGGCGAAGGCUGAGUUGGCGGAUGAUCUGGCGGCCGCGGCUAAUGGUCUCUCUUUGGAGGCGCCUGCCGCCAGCGCCGUUGCUGCUGGUGGUCAGUAAAUGAAGAGGAGCUUGUGGUUGCGUAAGUGACCGCCUCUAUUUUGUGGAUGCAAUUGCGAAAUCUCAAAUCUUUCAUUAUCAUGGAUGAGUGCGUCACCACUCAGUGUAAAUAGCAUAAGAUGGAUGGAUGGAUUCGACACAUCCAUCGGCAUUUUUGUUUUCGGAACAGUCACAGGGUUGAAGUGCUCAACGGAAGCAUACCAAUGUCUUUGUUUUUCAGGCCCCUU